GUCAAACAGCUGGAUACUCUGUCUGGAGCGGUCUGGAGUGUCUCGUGGCGGCGAUGCAGCAAGACCGUCAGCGUGUGAGAGCUACGAACCUCCCCCUCUCCAAUUCAAAGCAAAAAACGGCUAACGGGACCUCUGUUGUACGGAAAAGAAAAGACAGGAUUUGAUAUAGAAAUAAGGUUUCACCGUGUCCCGCGUGUGUGGAGUAGUUUUGAUAUAACGGUAACGUUACCAGAGUUGUGGAGGACAGGUCGGCUUACUUACCAACAAAAGAUAAAACUUGCUAGCUAAGACAGAAGGUAAAAGGACGCAUCUGUCCUUGCCAGUGUCCCAUGUAGCCUACUAUCCUCCAUCUUUAAGAAAAUGAAUCCGUCGGUGACAAUGCAGAUGUCAGUCACACUCAGUUAAAUGUUAGUACUACUUGAGCAGAUAUUGCUCGGCUGGCCGAAGAGGAAAAAGAAGAAAGGGGCUGCUCAAGGUGCUGGAAGAUGUCUCUCUGGAUGGUACUGCCUGUUAGCCUCCCAGUUCUGACCAUCACUGGGAUAUGGGUUGUGUACGCCAUGGCCCUGUACAAUCAACAUGUCUGCCCUGUGGAUAACUGGUUGUACAACCAGUCAUGUGAAGAAGAUCUGUAUUUGCAGAGUGGGCCAACCUUGUGCUGCACGCUAGACAAUGUACCUCUCAUCAGUAAAUGUGGGACUCUUCCUCCUGAGAGCUGCUUUUUCAGCCUAAUCUGCAGCACAGGCUCCUUCAUGGUUAUGGUGAUUGUGCUGCUCCGCUAUGCCCACGUCAUUGAGAAGCACCAAAAUUGUGUUCUCAACACGGCAAGUCUCUCCACAGGCUGGAUCUGUGCUGCUGGACUCAUCAUGGUGGGCAACUUCCAGGUGGAUAAUGCCAAAGUUCUCCACUAUGUCGGAGCAGGCAUCGCCUUCCCCACCAGUAUGCUAUUUGUGUGCCUGCAGUCAGCACUGACUUACCGACUGGCCAAGACCCAGGGGGAGUACAACAUGGCCCACCUCCGGCUCUGCAUGACCCUGCUGGCCUUUGGAGCCUUGGUGCUCAGUGGUGUGUUUUUCUGUCAGGAGAGCUUCGUCCUUCAACACGCAUCAGCAAUUUUCGAAUGGGUGUUCUGCGUCAUCAUCAUGCUGUUUUACGGGACAUUUGCCUUUGAAUUUGCCGGCAUGUCAUCAGAUACCAUGGUGGUGCUGGCUAGAGGGACCCUGGGACCUGCAGGGAGAGAACACAAGGUGGACACACUGGGAUCUCUGGGAGGGCCCAUUCCACACUCACAGCCACAUCCACACCAACCUGAAAACAUGUCCAUACUGUAGCCUGCUGGCACAUCUUGAUGCCACACAGCUGGCUUGUUUAUUCCUUUCAAACUCUGGUUGUGGAUUUAGUUUACUUAUAUAUUUCCAGCCACAUUCGUUGGAAGCUUUGAAACAAACCAGGCCAGUGCAGUCGCCACUCAUGGCAGGGUGAAUUCUACUAUUUGAGCCCCAGGGUGUAGACCCGCUGCCACAGUGGAGAGCUUAGCUUGUAUUGUGCUCACAUCAGAGCUCAGUGUUACUUUGUUUGUAUUUUGUACAUUGCACAAGUGAGAAACCAAACAGCUCAGUCCUGUGACCAGCAGAGGAGUAGUUUGUCACUCAGAUCAAGAAAAUGUACUGUUCCCCCUUAGAUACUGUAACCUGUUUAAAUAAGUGACCUUGGACCAUUUACACUUCAGAUGACUGCUGCAAUGCUUUCAUUGUACGAAAAGGAGUGAGGGUUGCUGGACAGCCAAGCUGACAUUAUUACAGUCGUGAGACAGCGAGAAAAGCAGAGAGAGAGAGAGAGAGAGAGGUGUGGAUAUUACAGUGGAAGCAAGCUCAUGCUUGUUUUCCGACUAGGGAAUGGAUGAAUGCAAUAAAUUCAAGGAAGCCACGUAAUAAAUGAAGGCUAUAUAAAUGUUUUAGUUGAUCCUGGAGACGGAACCUAGCAGCGGUUUGCAUUUUCCGAUAAUUUAAACCUGCAUUAAGCAAUAUUUUUCAUAUAACAAAUCAGAUAAUUGUAAUGUCAAAGAGUCAUUCAUAGUACUGAAUCCCCUGAGAAUUAACCAUAGAAAUAAAAUGGAUUAUAUUAUAUAAUUAUAAUAUUUUGAUGGAAUUAACACCCUACUCUACAUAGAUGUUAGCUGCUUUUAGCUGACUUUUGGUUAUUCAGCCUGCAUACUCGGUCAAGCUGACUGUACGCUACCUUCUAUCCAAAGUAAGUCAACCAUUUGGCGAGCUGGAGACACAUAUUCUUCUCAUGAGUUGGUUAAUCAAGGCUAGAAGAAAAAGUGAAUAUAGGACUUGUGUUUUUCAGGUGACCAUUAGGAUGAUAAUGUUGCCAGAUGUGUUGCUGGAUGUGUGAGUAUGCACAGACGUUAGCCAUAACAACUUGUCAAUGUCAAAAUGUCAGUUUGGUUUGUGGUCAAAAAUUAAUAAUUACUAAUUAAUUAAAGCUUAAUACAGCUUUAAAAUAUGCACCAUCAACAACUUUGUUUGAACAGCAACUCCACAUAUGCAAGCCUUACACUAUCUUUAAAGUAUCAAUGGAGCACACAUUGUCUUUUUUUAUUGGGUUGCUUUAGGUUAUGUGCCAUAUCAUUAUUUGAACUGUAUACAGAACAAACAGUAGACCUGGUGUCUUAUUAAGUCAAACCUUUAUGACGGAGUCUGAAAAAAACACGUCCUUCCCUCUUGUUGUUACUAUAUCAACCUUAAACGUCAAAUUGAUUCAACUUCCUCUCUGUAGAGUUCUACCAAAGAAUAUGAAAGAAAGAUGAUACAGUGUCCAGAGGCUAAAUGCUUACAGUACCAUCUAAUUCAAGCCAGAGCACUGGGUUUAUUGAGUUUGGUGAGGAAGCACACAUGUGUUUUCAGGUCCUAUGGACGUAGGUCUGCAUCUCAUUACUCCCCAACAAGGAGCAGAACAUGCUGUCUUUGCUUUACCUAGUUACUCUUUCUUUAAACUCUCCAUAGUUGGGAGCGGGACAAAGGGAAAAGGAAGGAUUUGUAAAGUAAGAGAAUACUGAGAUACAGUGUCCUGCCUCCGUGUUACUGUACAGCAGAAUACGCCAAAUAUCAGUUUGCCUGUGGCAUCGGUGCUAAAACACAAAAGGCCUUAUCCUGUCAUUUCCGCUGAGGUUAGCUGUGAUUAUGAGCUUGAGACGUAGGGCCAAUGUCAGCAUCAUUGACUGCUAAUAGUGACGGAACAGGGACAGAAGGCUGCAUGCACGCUUGUGAGUGCCAGGAAUACCAAAGCCGAUAUUUGGCACGACCAAUUCAUUUACAUUGAAAAAAUGCUCCCUGCUAAUAGCUACACUGACUUGAUAUUUUGAUAUCUAUCAAUGUAGUUUUUCAUUUUAUUUUAGCCUCAUGGUCUUUUUCUUACAGUUGUCCCUCUGUUGUCCCUCUUCAUUGACUUUCUCUGACGUUCUGUGCUGUGUUGCAAUACAGAGUUGUGCGGUUUAUAUUUUGCUGGAAAUGUUCAACAGUGUAAUAUUAACACACUCUGAGCUCUCUGGUGAAAACUAGAGCAAGCAGAGGGUUUACAGUAGUAAUAGUCUUGUUAGUAGGCUUUCACUCAGUGAAAAUGUCACUUCAUCAUACCACAAAGGGCCACAUGAUGGGCAGAGGUUUUGUUCUUGCCAGUAUUUUGGGUGCAAGUUGCUCAAAAGCCCAUUCUUUAAUCACAGCUUUACAAUCUGUUACAGAAGGACUGAAAUGUAAUAAUUCACUAUCAGACUGAAUGUAUGAAUACUAAAGUGGAAAAGCUUGUGCACGCUGCUCAACGGUCGAAACAACACCAGACCCACCUCUGAUCACUUGCUUCUCCCUACUGGUCAAACUGCUCAUUGCAUGUAAAGUUUGUUCGAAUCAGAGCUAUAAUGUUGUAGCUUGGCUACUUGAACACAGCAUAGAAUUGUCAGUCACCUACAGGUUUAGGCCAAAUCUGCUUUUGUUUUACUUUUUAAAUUUACUAAGAGAAUGGAACUCCUGCCUGUGCGUCUGGUUUUAGUUCAGCAGUAAUAUUCAGAUUUGAUGCAUUUUAAGUGUUAAGCCAAAUGAUGCUGCUCUAGCAAGAAACAUUUUUUUAUUACACAUUUACUAAAAGGGUGUAAUUUUACCGAAUGGUUUAUGCAUGUUAGGAAGCUAUGUAUAAAGUUUCCAGCUGAACACUACAAAAAUGUCUUUUGAGAAGUUAGUCUGAUUCACAUUUUGCAUUGCAGCGUCCUUCUCAUCAUUUCAUAUCAACCUCUCUACUUCCUGUCCUUUUUUCCUCAUUGACUGAUCUGUCUUUGCACUCAGGAAAAUAUUAUGACGCCAGCUGCAUUGUUUGAAUCCAAGCAGAAUGAACUUUGCCUUCUGUUGUCUCUUUUAAUGGCAUUCAUUUUAUGUUUAUGAGGAUUUGUCAUGUUUAUAUGGUUUUGUGUAAUAUAGGUGGGUAGCCAUGAUAUAAUAGAUUAUUUUUGUUAAUCAAGACUCUUUAAAGCUUAAAGAAAUAAAUAUUCCUGUGUA